GAAACCCCUCCGGACCGUCGCUCGCCGGAUACUUGUGCGGGAAGCCGGGAUCUGGCCCUCGGCGGCGCGCUGGGCGCGGAGCUGCCCGCGGGCGGCGCGGGGGCCCCCAGGCCGGCCGCCCCCUUCCCCCCUCCCCCCCCCAGCCGCACCUGGAUGGUACCUCCCGCCGGCGACGCGGGCACUUUCUGAACUAGGAAGGAAGGGGCGACUCGGGGGGGGGCGGGGGGGGCCGCCGAAGUCUGUAUGGAAUUACCUGCGCCCGCGGCGGAGCUGGCAGCGGUGGAUGGAUGGGCACCGCGUCCGCGGCACUCGCGGCCAGCUCAGCCCCAGGAGUAAACACGGGGCUUCUCCGGCCGAGUGCGCAGUGUGGUGACCGGCACUCGCCUCGCUGACUGAUCGCACCGGAGGGAUAUUUCGGGAGACUCCUGUGGGAAGCAGUCACAGAAAGACAGAAGAUGAAAGCUCCUAUUCCCAACUUGGUUCUCUUGUAUGCUACUCUAACUCAGAGCUUGAAGGUUGUGACCAAAAGGGGAUCAGCUGAUGGUUGCACUGACUGGUCUGUGGAUUACAAGAAAUAUCAAGUUCUAGUGGGAGAACCUGUUCGUAUAAAAUGUGCACUCUUUUAUGGAUAUAUUAGAGCUAAUUACUCCCUAGCCCAAAGUGCUGGACUUAGCUUGAUGUGGUACAAAAGCUCUGGACCUGGAGAUUUUGAGGAACCUAUAGCUUUUGAUGGAACCAGAAUGAGCAAAGAAGAAGACUCCAUUUGGUUCCGACCAACAGUGGUACAAGACAGCGGGCUCUAUGCAUGUGUUAUAAGAAACUCAACUUACUGUAUGAAAGUGUCCAUUUCGCUGACGGUGGGUGAAAAUGACACUGGACUCUGCUACAAUUCAAAGAUGAAAUAUUUUGAGAAAGCUGAACUUAGCAAAAGCAAGGAAAUCUCAUGCCCUGAAAUUGAGGAUUUUUUAUUUCCAUUUAGGGAGCCUGAAAUUCUGUGGUAUAAGGAAUGCAAGUCAAAGACAUGGAGAUCAAGUAUUGUGUUUAAAAAGGACACUCUUGUCAUUCGGGAAGUUAGAGAGGAUGACAUUGGAAAUUACACUUGUGAGUUAAAAUAUGGAUUCUUUGUUGUCAGAAGAACGACGGAAUUAACAGUUACAGCACCACUAACAGAUAAACCACCAAAGCUUUUACAUCCCUUGGAGAGUAAGCUAACAAUUCAGGAGACCCAAUUAGGUGGUUCUGCUAAUCUAACCUGCCGAGCUUUCUUUGGAUACAGUGGAGAUGUCAGUCCUUUGAUCUACUGGAUGAAAGGGGAGAAGUUCAUUGAAGAUUUAGAUGAUAGUCGAGUCUGGGAAAGUGACAUUAGGGUUCUCAAGGAACAUCUCGGGGAGCAGGAGGUUUCCAUCUCAUUGAUUCUUGACUCUGUCGAGGAGGCAGACCUGGGCAAUUAUUCAUGCUACGUUGAGAAUGGAAAUGGGCGCCGACAUGCCAGCAUUCUUCUACACAAAAGGGAGCUGAUGUACACAGUUGAGCUUGCUGGUGGGCUUGGUGCUAUUCUGCUGCUGCUUGUUUGUUUAGUGACUAUCUACAAGUGUUACAAGAUAGAGAUUAUGCUCUUCUACAGGAACCAUUUUGGAGCUGAAGAACUAGAUGGAGACAACAAAGACUAUGAUGCAUAUCUAUCUUAUACCAAAGUGGAUCCUGAUCAGUGGAAUCAAGAAACUGGAGAAGAAGAAAGAUUUGCUCUUGAGAUCCUACCAGAUAUGCUUGAAAAGCAUUAUGGAUACAAGUUGUUCAUCCCAGACAGAGAUUUGAUUCCCACAGGAACCUACAUUGAAGAUGUGGCAAGAUGUGUAGACCAAAGCAAGCGACUGAUCAUCGUCAUGACUCCAAGUUAUGUGGUAAGAAGAGGUUGGAGCAUCUUUGAACUGGAAACAAGGCUUCGAAAUAUGUUAGUCACGGGAGAAAUCAAAGUGAUACUGAUUGAAUGCAGUGAACUACGAGGAGUUAUGAACUACCAGGAGGUCGAGGCCCUAAAACAUACCAUCAAGCUCCUCACUGUCAUUAAAUGGCACGGACCAAAGUGCAACAAGUUGAAUUCCAAGUUCUGGAAACGUUUACAGUACGAAAUGCCUUUUAAGAGGAUUGAACCCAUCACAAAUGAGCAGGUUUUAGAUGUCAGUGAGCAGGGGCCCUUUGGGGAACUGCAGACAGUCUCCGCGAUUUCCAUGGCUGCUGCCACCUCUACUGCUCUUGCCACUGCCCAUCCAGACCUGCGCUCCACCUUUCAUAACACAUAUCACUCACAGAUGCGCCAGAAACACUAUUAUCGAAGCUAUGAAUACGAUGUACCUCCUGCCGGCACCCUGCCGCUUACCUCAAUAGGUAACCAGCACACCUACUGCAACAUCCCUAUGACACUUAUAAACGGGCAGCGGCCGCAGACAAAAACUAACAGGGAGCAGAACCCAGAAGAGGCUCACACAAACAGUGCCAUACUGCCCCUCCUGCCACGGGAGACCAGUAUAUCCAGUGUCAUCUGGUGACCGAGAUGCAAGGGGCCGUCGACCCCCUUGAAUAGGAGCAGAGUCUGCAGUCUGGUGCCUGGAACUACAUCCUCGACUGCUGCUGUUAAACAUGCAUUACAAUCGAUAACAUACGAGGAAAAACAGGGUCUUGUACAUAUGUUUUUGCAAUUUCUUUGUAGCAUCAGUCUUCCUGUUUUACCCAUGUCUCUUCCCAUUCACAUUUUCGACUUUGUUUUAUAUGUCAUUAGAAUUUGUAUAUUUACAUUUUUUUAAAAGAAGAGACUGCUGUAUAGAUAGGAAACUAUUUUGCUUCAUUAGUAUAGUUUUAGUUUUUUUGUUUGUUCGUUUUUAACCUCUCUUGGGAAUGCUUGGACAAAGCUAUGUUGAUAUCAGAAGCACCAUCCAUUUUGUUGGCCUGCCUAGCCUGAUUCCUGAAGGCCAUGCCUGCUGCAGCUCACUUCUUUUGGAGAGUAUUUGUUUUUAGAAGGACCCCAUCCCUCACUGAGAUCUCCAGUUUCAUUUCUACUCCCGUAACGUGCACUGCUCCUUCCCUGCCCUUACAAAGACCCCAAUUUGGGGUAACACUACAGUCUGAUCAUCUAACAUGUAACUUGGUAGAUACCUGCCAAACCACAGAAUAUACCCAAUCUGUAUCGGUUGCUUCACAGUAGUCACUACAGAGUGUGUAGAAAGUAGAGCCGGUUUGUUUUUUGUUUUCUUGGGUUUGUUUUUUAAUUAUUAUUUUAUGAAUGAGUUGAUUGUAUUACUUUUAUAAAUAUAAAAGCAAACCCUAUUUUUAACACAUCCUGGAAAAGUAUCAAUGUGGUUGUGGAUUUUAUUUUUCAAGCAUUUAUUUUUUUCUUUUCCCCCUUUCAAAAUCCUGCAAAUGACGUCAUUUGCAGAUGUCAGGCAAGUAAGACAAGUGAGGCAAUAGGCACUGAAGUGCAGAGAGUCCUGUUGAUAUGUACAGUGAUGACUUCCAAACCAAAGGGGAAUAAAAAGACAGUGUUGUAGACGGUUUGUCAUUUUGUAUUAUAGAAAGUGUUAUUUUCAAAAAAAGUAAGAGCAAAACAUUAUUUUGCUGUGGAUUACAGAGUCCCCUUGUAUUUUAAUGUUCAAAAAAAUUGUAUUUGCUUUAAAAUGCUAUAUUCAGGAUUAAGAACUCUUCUUUCAUUUGGUUUUAGCUUGUAACAAUAAAUAAAACUUUAUUAAUUUCAACAUGAUUUCAGUAAGAACUCAGGCAGAAAAAAUGACAUGAUACCAGAAAUAUAAUUGUUUUCAGAAUAAACUUUAUUUAUACAAAAUUAAUAUUUAAGUCAGACCUGGAAGUAUUAAAAACAAUUUAUUCACUUUAAUGAAUAAAUAAAUUAGUUUUAUUUUUAUGUAUGAUUCUAUCUUUGAGGAGUUGCAAAUAAUGCAUGUACCAUGGCUGACAGGGAAGAAAAACAACCACCACUGUGUUUACAUCCAGACAUCUUUAAGACCAAUUAAAUAAGUACCUUGCUCAUAUUUAUGUUUUAAAUAAUGGAAAAGUUCUUUCUGGUUUUAGAAAGAGAGAAGAGUGGUGCAGCUCUCCAACAUAUUCAGGCUAAGCUCUCUGCUAGUCCCUCCUAGCAGAAGCAGAAGUAGGGUUGCUGGCUGCAGCACACUGUCAUGUAGUCAUGGGUUUGAUUUACCCUGGUAGAAAUGUAACUGGUGUCCUGGCAAACAGGCCUUAUGGUCUAUUUAUGUAAUUAAUUAGCUUUAGGUACUUUUAUGGCAGCUGAAUGAUAUUGGCCAAUAUAAUGAAUGUGUGGGGUUUGUUCAUCCUGAUUGUCACAACGAGAAAAGUAUAGCUUAUAAUAUUUUGGUCUUCUUAAUGAGAAGUGAGCGGGGCAACUGCAGUUUGGGGGAUGUUUGUGGGAGUAAUCCAGAACUGACAGUGUGGGAGGAAAUGACUAUGCUCCUGUUGUGAAAGUCAAGAAAUCUCAGUAUCUGCAUGAGAAGCUAAUAGACCUUUGAGAUGUGCACUGAUUUUUAUUUGCUAGAAAUGUUUAUUUCUCUGCGAUUUUGCUCAAGCCCUUUUCUACAAUCUGUUCUUUGUUACGGUGUCUCUCUCUGGACAUGUGCCAAACAUCCACAAAAUGGAAAUGAAGCUGCCAAGUCAGAUAAAAUUUUAAGAGACUUUUGCACAUUUGGUUAUUUUCAUAGUGUAAGAAAACUAUUAUUUAUUUGCUCUUACAGGCACCUGUCAGGCAUUGAUGGGAUUUUCCUUCAUUCAUCUGGUUGCCAAAUACCCCAAUAUCCUCUGAAAGCAAUGCAUUAUUGUUUUCCCCUUAUCUCACCUUUCUAUGCCCUGGGGUAAAGAUUGGGAUGUGGAAUAAAUGUAGGAUUUAAUUAUCUGACCACAGUUACUUUCAGACAAUUGCUAGGUGUUUUCUUAGCCACAUUGGAAGUACUUUUAUGUUGUUCUAUUUUUAGAUUUAAGCACUUUGAAAAGCAUGAUUCAGGGAUUGACAGAUACUAUUUGAUAUUCACAAUACUUAAAAAAAGUUUUUCUUAUAGUGCUUUGUCAUAAUCUCAAAUAUAAGAAAAACAAACAAACAAACAAAAAAAGAAAUAAAAGGAGAAGCUGUCUAUGGCUUUAGAAAAAUUCCUCCUUAGUAUUCCUCUUCUGUGAACAGCUCGAUGUGGGGAACAGGGAAGGAAACUGUUGUGUGCUCACGUGCUCUUUCUUGGACAAAAAUUCUAGUGGAACGCAAAAUAAAAUGGACAAAAAAACCCCAAAACCAAAGCCAACAAAAACUGUCAUUGCCCUAGUGCUUAGGCUCCAUCAUUUUAGGUGAAAGUAUUCCAGUUUCUGACAAUGCAGCCUGAACUGUGCAUGCAAUAGCCACAUAUAAGGUUUAGCCAUAAGCAAAUAGCACUUUAUUUUAAAAACUGCACAGUGUGAUGAUCAGAAAAACUUACUCUGCCUGGUCAGUAACUUUGGGUCUGUAUGUGGUUUCUAUGCAUGUGAAUUAUCCAAGUGUGGUGCUCCAUCUUUAUAAGGCUCUCUCUAAUCAGGGUAGUCUUUGUUAUAAAACUAAAGGACUUUGUUGCACAACUUGUGUAAAUUCAGUAUAUAGGCUCUCCAGACAGCAUUUAUAGCUGGACAGAAACGGGAGACUGUAUAGUAUGCAGCUAAUUAUUUUGAAGGCAAAGUGUGUUGCUGGGUCUGAUUCUGUUCUCAGUUGCAGCAGCAUGAUUUGAGAGUAAAUCUAAUAAAGUUGAAUGAGUGCAAGAGAUUGAUUUCUGUGGGAAAGGAAAAUUGGAAAAGCAAAGAGAAAAGGAAUUCAUAUUUGCAGUUGUGACAAGCUGAAAUCUUGGUUGCAAGGAAAGCAGCAGCAAAUGUCUUCUGAAUUUUAGUAGGGACCCAGUUCUCACCUGGCAGCCAACAUCAAACACUUUCAAUAUGAUCUGGUUCAGAGCUAAAUACUGUUAGGCUUAGAUGCAAACUAAGAUUUUUCUAUUACUGCACAGCUGUGAAAACCAUGUGUGUGUUACAUAAUGGGUGAUAAUCAGCUUCAAAAUAAUUGGAAAGCUUGUUAUACCCAACUGAUAAAAAAUCACGAAUUUUUAUUUGGAUAUUGAGCAUUAAUGACACAUUUAAAUUAUAGAUAAAGCAGUGGGAUUUGGGGAAAACUGGCCUGGUAAACAGGAUUUCUUCAUUUUUAAAUUAAAAAAAAAAAAAUAGAGAGAAAAAAAAGAAGAAGAAAAUGUCAAGCUAGCAAGCCUAAGGAAAGCUUAAUUAAAAUCCAAAGAAUAAAAAAAAUCACAGCAGUAAAGUAAGUUCAAAAAUAAAAAGAGGCCAAUGGAGAAUAAAGAGCAAAAUACCCACCUGCUUUUUGACUGUAUUGUGGUUUCUUUUGUCAUGCAAAGCUCUGUACUCUGGCUGACCUACAUCAAGCAACUGGCUUUUUUGGAGGCCAUCCAGAUAGACCAGCAACACAAAUAUGUCCCUGUACAUCUAGUACGCUUCUGAAUGAUUUUUUUACUUGUUGAUAGUUUAGCACAGAGAGAUUUUUAUUUACCUUAUUGUGAUAAAGAGGAUGGCAGAAAUCUGCCAGUGCUAAAAAAAUCUCCGUAACAGACUUAGGUUAUUAUCUAGAGUAACUAUAUUCCUUAACACCCACCCGUUAUCUGAUUUGCUGUUAUUAGAACACUUUUUUAACCCAGUUCUCAGCUGAGAAAUAGAUUAAUGUUGCUGGUAACAGAAAAAAUGUAAGCAAUCUCAUAACAACAAGUCUCCUUGUAUAAUGAAUGCUGCAGGUUCCCUUGCAUUUUUUUUUCAUAUAAACACAUCUCCUGACCUAAAUAGCCCACUGAGUGGAGGCUAAAGAACACCAUUGUGUCUUUUAAUUUGAAAUUCAUUUAAUUUAGUAUGGACACUGAGCUGUUGUUUUUGAUGUAAUUUUCCUGGGCUAUUUUCCAUUGGCUCUGGCUAUAUCCUCCAAGAAGAUGUGUUGGCAGCAUCACACUUCUCCACGUACCCUUGACUUGAUGUUUCAAAACUCAGAGCCGUUGCCCUGGGGAGCGAAAUUGAUAGAAAUAUUUCAGCUGUUAAGAGUUUUCCUAUGCCUAUUGUUUGUUUAACUUCUGCUUAAGACAAAGUUAAAUCUUUGUUCUGGAUUAAUAAGCUCUGCGGGUAGAAGGCCUAGAGUCCACAGGGUCAUGAAGCAGUCAAAGAAGAAAUUACAAAGGCAGGUCUGAUACCUUCUUUGGAAAACAUAGAAAUUCUGGAGCUGUUCAGAUUACUAAAAAAUUAGUACAUUUUGAUUACUUCUCUUAAAGGGAAGUAUUCAGCUUGUAAUUACAAACAGCCUCAUUUCAAAUGCUUAUUACCAUUCUUACAGUAAAUAUCCAAUACCUUAAAUAACAUAAUUUCAGAAACAUUUAAUAGUCAAUUAAAAAUAUUUUUAUUUGGGGGGAUUAAAAGCAACAUGAUUGUCUACAAUCUAAAUGUUAAAUAAAAUAGAUUAUCUAGUACUGAUCUUAUGGGAACUACAAACAUUGCUGGGUCACUAGCAUUAGAAAAACAAUUUGAAGUAAAAAUUGAGAGCUAAGAAUUUGAUGAGGAUUUUAUUGACAUUUUUAUAAAGACAUGUCUCUUAACCAUCAAGAUAUGACAAAAGGAACACACAAAUUAUUCAAAAAAUAAAUUUUAUUAGCUUUUUAACCUUAUCUUUCUCUCUUUAUCAAAUAUUAGCUCUUCUUAAAAAUACAAAAUCAUUCAGGAAAAAUUAAUUCUUAUCAAACCCAUACUCUCAAACACAUUCAGUGACAGAUAAAGAAGUGCAAGCCAGAGGGAGGGGCUCCACUGCAUUGCUGUGACUGAGAAGCUCCACAGUGGGGAGAACAUGUGUGCCUGUGCACAGAGAAGGAGAGCCCAGGCCCCUUUGGCCUCGUGUUUAGUUACUCCUAUGACAGGUGGAUGCAGAAGGAGCCAUAGACUCAAAUAUCACCACUGCCCUACAUGCUAUAGGCAGCACACAGGGAAGGUGGGUAGUAAGUCUUGAUGUUGACACCAAACUUGAGAACUAUUAGAUGUCGAGGAUACUCUAUUGCAAAGCAGCCGGAAGAGCGGAAACAGCUCUGAAACAGUGUUUUCCAUUUGUUCCACGUGCAAAGUAAAAGGCACCGUUGAGCAGAGAAAGAGGUCAGCUUGCCGGGUUAGUGUGCAAUCCACUAAUAGGAAAUUCCCAUCUCAAUCAGCUAACACCACACCUGAGCACUCUCACAGAAAUUUCCAUCCUAUCCUAUCCUAUCCUAUCCUAUCCUAUCCUAUCCUAUCCUAUCCUAUCCUAUCCUAUCCAUCUACCUGGCAGACUGCAUUAGAAGUAAAAGCACUCAAAGCUUGCCGUGAGCCCUCAGGAUGGGCUACACAUGAAAACUCCUUGCAGAGAUGUUUAGGGUGACUAGAUGUCUUCUCUCCUAAGAAGAGACUUACAAGAGCAAAGCUUUGAUUUGUAAAAAGUUCGGGGUUUUUUUUGUUCUCAGCACACCAUUUUUUCAAAUCCACUUAGAGCGCUCAUAUGGAGUAACAUCCUGAUACUAUUCUGACCCUCUCUGAGGUAAAAAGAAAGUCUUGACAAUGUCAGUUAUUAGCUCAAAAUACGUCAUUAAGCUGCAGAGUCUGCACACGCACUUGAAAAACCAAAAUAAAUAAAGAAAAGCAAAUUAGCAAUGUAAUUACUAAAACUAUUUAAACUUGGUUUUAGAAAUUUCUUUUUCAGGGAAGAUUGUUUUCUCCUGGUGUUUUGUAGGAAGUUAUGUAAGAGACUUUUAAAAAUUUUCUCUCCGUUCUUUGCAUGGCAGGUAAAUCACAGAGAGAUUUGUUUAGGAAAUCCCACUCUUCAUUGUAAGUUUAAAACUCAGGUGGCAAUGAAUUUGCAGACAUAGAAGAAGUUGUUUUCCAGAGUUAAUACCCUCUGGUGAACAGCUCACUGCAGGCCUAAUUGAGUUCUUAGGAACAUUUCAGUAGAAAAUGUAAACAAUUAGUGUCGUAUGUUUACCUUCAGCAUCACAUUAGAACAUUGUACAUUUAUCUUCUUAAGACCCAGGCAACUUCAAAUGGAACAAUUAUGUAAGUACAAAGCAGUGAGGAGAGCAGCGACACAGCUGUCUCUCCACCUAUCUUAGCAAAAUAGUUCAAUGACGUCAGGCUCCUUCUCUGAGAUCACUAACCUAUGCCUACCUCAACAAAAUACAUGAAUCUGCAAAAUGUGCACAUAUCCAGGAAAAAAUUGUUGCAAUAAGCACUCUCAAAUCUUAGUUAUACCACAAAAAGCACUUUAUGCAAUUUUAUUCCUAUACAUAUGUAUUUUAACUUGUAAUCAUUUAAUCAUAGAACCAUAAAACAAAAUAAAAUAUGUAGCACUCUCAUAAAAAAUCAAGAAAGUCCCAAAAAUCUGGGUUUAUUCAUAGGAUGACAUUUCCCAUGUGCUUUAAGAAGAUGAUGAACUUGUAACCAGUCCAUUGCUAGGGGCACUAUGACACAGGUACAGAGCUAGGGAUGACACAGGGUGAGUGACACAGGAUGGGAGAAGUAUAGACAAGAUGUUUGCUGCUCAUGUCAUGACCAGGUAGGUGUACUCAACUAGCUCUCAUUUAGUCCUGCUGUCACGGGAGAUUACAGAUGUCUUUUGGCUGUAGGUCACUAGAUAACCAAAUUUACCAGGUACUUCCUUCACCACCUGUUUGUUAUCUGAAGCCAUUUGUUAGAGGUAGGAAACAUGUUUUUCUAGGUCAUAGAGUCUACCUGAAUCUAUGUGAAUAUCUGCCAGAGUUCCUAUCUGUAAAUAAUUAUUAGUGUCAGCACAGUUCACCUUGUAUUUUCUCCGCUUCCCUUUUCACUCUUCUAAACAAAAGAGAUUGUGAACAGCUGUCAGGGCCAUAUAGCAAAUACCAUUCCUACACUUUUUUUUAAAUUGUUAUUAUUGUUAGGUGUUUGAAGAGUGAGAAGUAUUGGCAAAGACUCUAUCUGCUUGAAAUGACACUUGCCAAGUUGUUCUUUAGGGAAUGUUGAAGAAAAUUCCCUGUUUAGUCACCUUGGGCACCUUACCUGCUAUACUACUUUCAAGAUCCCCUCAAACAGCAAUCUAGAGCAUAAGGGGUUGGAGACAGACCGACAUGUACAUGCUUAUAAUUUUCAAGAAUAUUUUCAUUAUUUGUAGCUCCUUGAAUUGUGUUCUUGUUUGUUGUGCUUUGCUUUGCUUUAUUUUAAUUUUCUUUAUUUCAUAAGGAGACAUCAGGACUGAGCUACCAUUGCACUACAUUAGUGGUGGCAUAGCCAUAUUAGAAAGAAUGGAGUGGAAUUACAGAGAACAGGAGUAAAGUAGUCAUAAACUAGGCUGAAAUCUCCUACCUGUGCACAGAGCAGCUGGAUCUCCUUAGCUCCCAGUUCAGUCAGUUCUCCACUUCACAGGCAAUCCAGCAAAGAGGUUUUGUAAGGGAAGAUGAUGCUUUCAUGUGCCAUUACAAAUGCAGUCUCAGGCACAGUGAGUCUGAUGUCGCAUUCUCACUGAGCAAUGAGCCUUCUUUGAAAAACCUGAGGUUCCCUUCUCAUUUCAGCCUUCUGAUUGCUAUCUGUUGGCUUUUUAAGGUUCUCCAAAGACUCAAAUAAUAAAAUAAAAUAAAAUAAAAUAUUUUAAAAUAACGGUGAAUCUAUGUAAAUGUAGGAAAUCAUCACUGAUUGUUUUAAAUAGCUGACUAGAACACAGAUAUCUGCCCCUUUUUCCUGUAACUCUUCCUGUUCUUCUGCUCUAGAGAGUCAUCGGCUGUAACUUAUUUUACGUGCCCCAUAAAAAUAUGAUCUAAGGGUUUUUAUUAUUAUAUUAGUCAGCAAAAUCAUAAAUAGUUUAAUCUAAUAUCUUCAUCAUAAAUAUUUGCAGAUUUGUAAUGGUCUUUAUUUUAUAUCUGUUCAGCAGCUAACAAAGUUCAAGUCAGCAGCUGCCCAGUGUUGGGCAGUGGUAAAGCAGCCAACAGAGUUAGUGAGUCAAGGAUGCUAAAAGACAAAAUAUAAUCUUAGCUCAUACAGUAAAAUGGAGUUAAAUUAUCCUUCCAACAUUGCAUCUAGAUAUCCACUGCUGUGACUCACAGCAAUUUUGAGUGGCACAUCAAUUUUGCAAGAACAGCGCACUAUUAAUUCUGUGCAGCUACCAAUGUCGUGUUGCUAUUCAUAAUAUAUAAGCUCAAGCAUAUGUACCAUUUAAUAAGUAAAUAUUUUUAUCAGCAUACUGCACUUUCUUCAGAUGAGAAGAAAACAAGAAGACCAAAAAGAUCUUUAGAAGAAAGAAUAUGUGUCUAGUUGCAAUACUAGAAGAAAAAUGUCACUGCCUUCUCUUUCAUAAAAAAAGCUGCAAAAGUAAUAUAAAUAAAGAAACAAAAGUCUGUGGAAAAUUGUUUGAUUCUAAUGUCAGCUGCGGCAUCUUUUUUACCAGCUAGAAUUUGUCUAGUGGAUUUAAUUUCUUUUAAUUUUAUUCUGUUACUUUAACCAUGUCAGGAGAAGCUGACUGUCCUUAAGCAGAGUGCACAACACAACUCAAGCAGUAAGAGUCCCUUCUUGGAAACACAGUGUUUAAAGUUAAUAGCUGGAUAAGCAUCUUGAUUAAGUACUUUGUUAAUAAAGCUCUCAGCUGGCCUUCCGUAAUCCUGAGAACCACCACAGUAAAAAUGCUCUGUAGCUCCUAUUGAAUACAUUCGCAUAAAAUGAAUAUGUAAAUGUAUACUUACUAUCUUUUAAUCAUUUUGCAUUGACAGAAUGAAACAAGGAAGUGCCAUGCUAGGCUUUGGGACCUUUCAUCUUAAUUUGCUUAAUAGUUUGUAAAAGUAAAAAAUAUUUCUAUUGAAAUCAGCAGAAUUAACGUUGUGUAUAACUGGUGCAAAAAAAGGAGCAGAAUCAGGCCCAGAAUUUCUGAACAUAAAUUUUUGUCUAUUCUACAAUUUAAUUGAAGAUUCAGCAUCACUGCCUUUUCCAGGUGUCCACUACUAUUGCCAUAUAAACCAUAGAUUAACAUGCAUUCUUGUCAAGGUUUUCUUUAAGGCUACAGAUAUGACUAUGAACUGGACAAUAUGUCUCUUCAUAUACUUUGUUCAAAAUCAGUUAAAAUAGAAGCACUAAAAUUAAGUAGAAAUACAUCAAUCUAUAUUUAUGCCUACUGUAUAUUAAAUAUUUUACCUAAAGAGAUUAACUUAUAUUUAUUUUUUAAAAAAUUAAAUGGGUCAUAGCUGAAAGGAACUGCAUUUUUGUAGUAAUACUAUGCUUAUGCUGAGAAGCAAGAGGGUCGUGAUCAAAAUAUUACCUAGUUUCAGUGUAUGUUACUUUAAAAAGAACAUGUUUUAUGUUAUCCUAACUUUUGGAAAAUUCACCAAGCCUGGUACAGAAAGAAAUGAACAACUUAUUGUAAUAACAUAUUAAAAAAUUUUGUAUUUUCAUCAAUUUUUAUUCUUACAGGAAAAAAUACAUCACUCAUUAAAUAUGAAUGCUGCACAUGUUAGCAAUAGAAAUAUUGAUUUUUGUAACUUUGAUUGCACUUGCCUUAACUUUUCCACACAUAUAAACAAACACAAAUAACACACAGAGGGAAAAAAAGAGGAUUAAGGGAAAUAAAACCCACAAAAGUAGGCAAGUUUUAGAUUAUUUAAUGAAUAAUGACACAUGAACAUAUUCAGUAGAAUCCUUGUAAAGAGCACAUGAUGCUGUAGGUUUGUUAAAGCACAAGGUGUACUUUGUCUAGAUUAAAAAAAAAACAACCACAAAACCAAACAAAAAAAAAAAAAAAAAAAAAAAAAAAAACAAACUUUUGGUGUGACUUUGCUUUAGGUUUAAAAAAGGUUGGAUGUUUAAAAAAAAAUCUUUAUUACUUGCAUAUGAAUAUUUUUGUAUAAUAAUAUAUGAAGAAGGUUUUAAAACAAAACAAAAAACCCUACUUGCUUUAUAGUGUGUAAAUUUUAGAGAAAAAUAAACAGGGUAUGUGUCCAGUUUGUAAAACAAUGUUCUCCUUUCAAGAUUACUCUUUCACUGGCUAAAUGCAAGGUUAUGACAACUUGAAAUACUUUUUUUGUGAACUGACAAAGAAAAAAUAAAGCAAUGUGAAUAA